AAUGCCGGGAAAGAGAAAAUAUUGCAACCAGCCAGCGUCAAACUUUUCAGAAAUUCUGGAAAUGUCGGCGGACGUUCCACUAAACUUAACGAAAGAGCGAAAUAAAGAAAAUUCCGCGGUAGCGACGAUACGGGCCAUGCCGUCAAUUGCUAUGAACAGGAAAUCAUCAGAUAUCCAAGAGUACAUACGAUUAAAUGCAGCGGAGGCAGUUCAAAAAACUAUAAAAAAGGAGGCCCCGGCGGCCGUUCCACUAUACUUAACGAAAGGGGCAAUUGAAAAAAAUAGAAAAAAGAAGGGAACGGAUGCAGUUCCAAGAAACAUAAGGAAGGUGACAGCCUCGGAGCUGAAACGGCUGAAAACAGAGCACACAGAUAAGGCGUCACAACAAGAGACCGAUCCGACCACCUCGCGUCCAUCGCGAAAGAGGAAGCCGACCAUCAAACAGGAGGAGCAGGAGGGGAAAUGGAUACUCGAAUCACGCGCCUUCGCCACGGACGUCAUUGAGAAUGUUAUAUCGAGCCUUUAUAAUAAUCUGACUGAUCUGUCGAGCGCAGAGCUCAGAUCGCUCCGCAAGGUGCGUUUGGUUUGGAAGCAGAAAUACGAACUGGACGAACGCAAGCCCGAGUGGAAUCAAAGUCAACUUUCACCAGCACCCCCGAAACGCAAAUGCAAAACGACUGCAAAGAAGACACCGAAGCCAGGCUCAAUACCGGCCAAAGAGAGGGACAUACACGAUGAAGAAGAAGAUGAGGAAGACCUUGCCAACUAUUACCAUUGGGAUGAUUUGCCCGACGAUGAAAUCGUAGAGAAUCAGAUUAGCGUACCGCCCCUGUUGGAAAAGUAUAGCUGCCGUCGGUUCGACAUCAAGAUGCCGGCGUUUGCCAUGAAGAGGAAUUUAAUCCAGCCGCUAUUCAGUUUGGAGCUGCUGGAUAGGAUUAUGGAGCCGCCCCAGGUGGAGGGUACGAAAAUAUUGCAGCAAGUCGUCGAUGAGAUGCUCCGACAGUAUCAGCAGGGACCACGCCCACAUACAUAGAUGUGGAAAUUAGUUAAUCCCAUACAUAGAUGUGAAAAUCAGUUAAUUUGUUUAUUUCUUAUGUUGUAACUUUAAGAUUAUGUUAAAACGCCGUACGCAAAACAUUUGGUAUUUCCGUCUACAGCGCUCACACUAUUCUAACGGGUCCGUUCCAUGGACUGGAUGAUGAUGGCGUGAUCCGCGGGCUGGAAAGAAUUUGCUCGUUCAAUUCUCUUUCGGCCUUCCAAGCUGCAAGCCACAAUUUUUGUUGAAUUUAUUUUUUCGUUUUCUGUAUGUUCUCUCACGUGAAUAAAGUGUGAAAAGUAAA